UGUGAAUCCUCCCGGCAUCUGAUCUACAUAUUGCGACAAUAUCAAUUGGUCCUGCGAAAAGCCUAGAGUGUCUCGAGUACAAGUACAGUAUGUCAGACCCUUCAUGAAGCGACAAAUAACACUGGAUGGUCGUUUCGCAUUUGACAUCAAAGACUGGGAAGAGACAUCUUCCCACAGAAUCAAAUGAUUUUCCGACUGCAGCAAGUCAUGGCCUUUACAUAGAUACCACCCACGCUAAGGACAGACGAUGGAUUCUGUCCAGCAUUGGGUAUCAAGCAGUCUUGAUCCUUGGGAGGGAUGGAAUGGACGGCUACAGCUCGGAAGUUGUACAAGGCGCGCCAAAGGGAUUGCCCAUGUGCCUUUGCUCGAAAGUGUGGAUAUGGUGUUUGGUCUUGACGGGAAGAGGCCGAAUUUCGAGACGCGUUGAUGGAGUCGAACAGCACAUGCUUCUGGGGCAAUUCACACGCGAGCUACCGAAUGGAGAGACCAGGCGUGGCAACCUUGGUGGUACAUAUCCGGCACAAAUGCUGAUCUAGUGCUCGUAUCUGUUCGGAGAGAGACGCGGGAAAAGUAGGAAUCGUGGCGGCGGCGCUCUGGGCUAAUAAGCAAUUGUUGGGUUCCAAGAGAACGGAAGAGGGUGCGACUUUGACAUCGGUCCCAAGGACGACUUCCCAUCCAUCCAUUAACUGGCUGCCGGGAUUAGUGGCCGCUGAGGAUCCACCAAGUCAAGUCGGUGAUGAGGCCUGUUUCGCUGUUUAUAGGUUUUCAGGCCGAUGCAGGCCGAUGCAGGCCAGUCAAGCUCGGUACUGGGUUCCAGCUGCUGGCAAGCCGGGUGCAGGGGAGCAUGGACAAUUUCCGACCACUUGAACGAUCGGAGAGGAACCGAGACGGCGGUGGUGGUGGUGAUGUUGCAGUUGCCAAGGACUGUACUGUAGUUGCAUCUCAAGCAUUCACGAAAAAGUACCGCCGCAGUUGAUACUAUCGCCUUCUGGCCAAAGCGUUUACUGGUACAGUACAGUAUAGGCGGCUCUUUUGUGGAUGGGUGCUGAUGGAUUCAACAUCACCCAGGUCACUGGAGUAACAACAACAACAACACUAUGGCAGCUCCAGUCCACUACGAACGGGAGAGAUGGCGAACUGCGGGAGAUGAGUAGCCCUUCACUCCUUGACGACCAAGCUGGGUCAGCGAAAAUUGUAUGGGGAGGACACGGGACCUACGAUCAAACCAGCAGCUACCCAACAACCGCCACUCGAAUUGACGACUCCAUUAUUGACUGACUACUGGGCAGUUGUAAUCAUAGAUUUAGAUAGGUUGUGUUUCCUUCACCAAUACUUGAUAGUCAUCAAGCAAGAUCCGGACAUCAAGACACCGAAGGCCACAUGUUGACUAGGUAGUGGUGGAGCAAUUCGCACACUGUCGAGUUGCUGGAUCAAGUACUUCGUAUCGUUGAGGGAGGGGCAUACGCGAAUAUAAUGUAGGGACUACGAGUACGAGCACCUGUCAAACAGCCUGAUGCAAUGAUGGACUGAUGGA